UAUUAUACAAAACAAAAUAGCACGGUGUAACUACAUGGGUAAGAUGUCGAUAUCAAUUACUAUCGAACUCACCUCAAAACUCCAACUCUGGCGUUCUGCCAGUUUUGACCAAUCUUCCAUAUUUUCGUACGUGUACUCUGGCUAAUUUGUCUAUAUUCCUUCCUAAAGUCUGAUAUUUAGCAGUUUGCAUCAACGGUGUCGUCAUGUAUGUGAGGAUGCAUGGGCUUGUGCCUUAAAUUGCCACCACAUGUAGUUAUCAUACGUUCAUUCCCAACCUCCGCACCAACUUCAUUGCUGCUCAUUACCGCCUCACAAACACGAGCCCGAUCAAACACAAGCACGAAAAGGGAUACAAAAUGCCACUUACCGGUCACACCAGCGACCCCUUCUCCGACGAGGCCGCAAAACAGCACACCGUAGUCCUACCAGCAGGCGACGAGACAGCCAACCCCACAAUCCCCGCAGACAACAGCCGCGACGUCAACGAAAAAACUAACACCAAGCUUAGUACCAGCAGCAACGAGGACAAGAGCGGGCAGAAUUCAUCAUGGAAGCCGCACUUCAUUCGCCAGCACAGUUGGAGCAAUCAGGACCUCAAGCGGCAGAUGCAUGAUCGGCUGUUGCGGCCUGUAAAGGGAGAGCAGUCGGGUUAUACAGAGAAAUUUGCGCAAGAUUGAGUUGCAUCCGGGAAACGACAGGUUCAGAAAAUCUUUACAGUGACGAGUUUGUUAUGAAUACCGUGAGAUUCAAUAGUUUGUUCCGAUCGAUACACGAGAAUCGGUAUGCAAAGCGGUGCUUUAUAUUCGCAGAAAUCGCGACUAUCUAUAUGCCAGAUUGAAGAAACCGAAGCGAGGCUUAGAAGAACAUCUGGGCCAUUUUUUUAGGCUAUUCACAUUGC